AUGGAUGACGCUUUGUUGAAGCCUUCCAAGGUGCGAUGUUCUGUGAAAGUUGGGUCGCCUUGGGUAUGGGACGAAGAAUGGCAGGACUACUCCGAAACCAGUCCGGAUGUCACGGCGGUAGGAACCCUCGUGGAGGUCAAAGAUCCCAAAGCCUUGCGGGCCAGGGAAUUCCGGGCAGACAUGGUCCAUGGACCAGACUCAACGAACGAGGACGUGAUCAUGUGCGAUUUAGCACCUACAUUGGAAGCUGUUUUGAGUGGUACAGACGCCGUUCUGCUUGUGGCUGGAGUUUCCGGUGGUGCACAGGCCGACCUAAUGGACGGUGCUGAAGGGCUUGCCGCAGCGGCUGUGUGGCAGCUGGCGUCGGAGCUGCACGAGCGCCAGGCGAGUCAUCGCGCAAACGGGGCAGUUGGAUAUACGUACCAUAUGAGGUUGCAGUCUUUUCAACUUGCUGGCGACACAAUCCUGGACCUCCUCACCGACUCUCCCGAAGCCGCGCGUUUGAUGGACCUCCCGCAGGGUGUGAUGGUUGAAGGCGUGCGAACAGCCAGUGCAACAUCUGCGGAUGAAUUCAUGAAGUACGUCGAAGCUGCGCAGCGGCGUCGAGAUCCGGAGAAGAGACACCAGACGAGUGCAGUUUUCGUCAUCGACGUAACCCAGGCAGACUACUACGAAGGGUGGGGACUGCACGGGCGCUUCGUUCUUCUGGAGUCAGCGGUCAUGGAUUGUUUGGCAGAGGAUAAAGGUCUUGUCCAGCUUCGCGAGGGAUACGAUCGCUAUCGCGGGGUGUACCACAUGCGCAGCUUAGUCAAGUCGUGGAGAAGCGGUGAGCCUGGAGACGUGAACGGUUCCUACCUGACUUGGCUUCUUCGUGACCUUCUCACAGGCGGCAGUGUCGAGGCUCAUCUUCUCUUCUGUGUCGCACAGGGAAAGCCUGCGAUAAGCAUAGCGCUGCUUGAAUUCAUGGAAGAUUUCAGCAAGAUACAUACUUAUCCAGUAACACAGGACCAUCGAGUUGCGGGAUGGGCAAGAGCAGUCCGUUCAGAGCGCUUGAUGUUGAAGCAGGCACUUGAGCGAGGAGGGGGUGGCGUUGAUCGUGACACUCGGAGCUUGGUUUUGGAGCUGGAAAAGCGCCUUGCCAAUGCUGAGAGGCAGAAGGAGGAAGCCCAAAGACUGGCAGAUGCCCGCCAAGACAGAGCAAACAACUUCCAGGACCGCUACGUUUCUGCGUUGGAGAGUCAGGAGUCAAUGAACGAGAGGUUGAUGUCUUCCGAAGAAGAGCAGCUGAAGGCAAUGCAAUCACUGGUAGAGGUACAGAUCGAGGCCUCCGAGGCCAAAGAUGAGCUGAGUGAGGUGCAAUACACAGACAACGUCCUUCUGAUGAUGCUGGAGCAAGAGCUAGCAGAAAUGAAGGAAUCGUCUGAAAAGACGAGUGCCGACCUCACCGGCAAGCAGGCCAAGAAACUCCAAGAUGCCGAGGUUCUGGCCGAGGAUCUACGUAUGCGCUUGGAUGCGGCAUCAGAAGCAAAAAUCCAAGCUGAGAUUCAGAAAGAAGUUGAAAAAGGUGAUCUGGAGAAUCGUGUCCAAGCACUACGAUUGGAACUUCGAGAAGGGCGCUUGGAGGAUUCCGUGCAGCACGCGGAGGAGCGUGGGAAGAUUCAAGAGACAGUUCGAGAGGAAGUGGAACGCCUUAGGCAGGCUUUGGAGGACGAGCGCAGCCGGGCCCGACAGAUCCUUGACGAUGGGCAGUUGCAGUUGAUACAAUCUCGCCACCACUUCCAGGAAGAGAAAGGCGAAGCUGCAUUGCAAGCCAAGCAGGAGCUUCAAGAGCUGCAGUCCAGCAGGGAUUCACAGCUUGGUGAAGUGCAGGCAGAGCUUGCGGAUGCUCAGAGGCACGCGGUCCUGGAAGACCAAGAAGUCAAGCGACUGCGGUCCGCAGGAAAAGAGCUACAGCAAAGCUUGCAAACGGAGCAGGUUUCUGAACGUCAAGCGCGGGAAGAGCUUCAGGUGGUGAAUGACGAGCUGCGGAGUGUCCGUGCCGACUUCGAGCAGCAGCUGUCGGAACUGGCAGCCAAGCCAUCUGGAGGCUCCGGCAGUUGGCCGGCGACGCCGCCCGACACUCAGGGAGCCCUGGAGCCCGGGCGACUCACACAGAUCCAAGACCGGCUUAUUGAAGAGGUUCAGGCGCUACGAAAUGCCAACAGCUUUGCCGUGAAUGCAUCGGCAAAUGCGGACCUUCAAGAGCAAAAUCGAGCCUUGCAGGCUCGGGUCACCCUCCUCGAGCAGAAAAGUCCUGCUGAAAGGCGAGUGCAGGCGCAGCGUUUGGCUUUCCUUGAGAAAAGCGUGCGCGAUCUUGAGGCUGAAAGGUCAGCGCUUCUGGUGCGGGCAACCGUAGCCGAGGAGCAGUUAAAGCAGCUCCAGAAGCACUUGAAGGAGAUUACUGAGGACUAUCAGAUGCAGAUCCUCAGCUUGAAGAUGAAGGGGAUACAACAGGCACAAGUCGGCACAAGAUGCACAGAUGAUUCUGACGUCCUUGUAGAACUCUCGCAUAUGGGCGGACAGCUCACAUGUGGCUGCUGUGCGAAAGAGGGCAGCAUCAUCGACGAUCGUCAGGACUCGCGUGCAUUCUUCUGCAGGAAGCCAUGCGGCCUGGACGAGCUAGAAACAGACUUCAGCUGCGACCCGGCUGGUGCCUUCUUCGAAGACACGUUGACAUCAGCGUCUCUCAGCGAAAUGGACCGGGUCAGCUUCAGAUUUGCAGGCUCAUCCAACUUGGCCGGCCUUCGAUGGUGCUUCGUUUAUGGCGCCAAUCCGAAGGCCUGCGACAGCAACGGUACGAGCCUACUACACGCGGCUGCCAGAGCUGGCAGCUAUCAAGUUGUCAAGGACUUGGUCCUUCGUUCGACUGAUGUUAAUGCCGUCGAUUGCGCUGGAUGGACACCGCUGCACGUGGCCAGCUGCAUGGGCCGCCAGGAUGUGUCUUUCUACCUGCUGCAAGCAGGGGCGAAGUCCAGCAAGACAUCCAGGGGUCAGACGCCGGAAGACCUCUGUAGCCACCCCCACACCAAGGAGGUGGUCAUCGGUUUCGAGGAGCGCCGACCCAAAGUGGUCGGGCUGCCGACUCGGAGCAUGCCAGCCUUCGAUACCAGAGGCUCCGGCGACGAGAUGGGAGCGAGUUUGCACUUCGAGCCGUUCUUCGUUCCGCGGGAACCCGUUCUCCAUGAGCCACGGCAUCGGGAGGACCUUCAGCAGCUCGGCGUCUCCAUCUUUAACAGGAGCCCCGGUCACGGGAUUGCCUUUCUCGUUGCGAUUGGCAUCGUGCGUGAUUUUCCGGUGGAGAUCAACAACUUUCUGGUGAGGCUAAAUGCUGACCGGGAGAAGAUUGGCGAUUAUCUGAGUGAGGAAUAUCCGACCGCUCAGACCUUGCGCUUGGAGUUCCUGAACUCUCUGCCGCUCUUGGGGACUGGAGUUCUGUCAGCGCUGCAGACAGUCUCGCAUGACCUGACGCUUCCGCGUGACUGGAUGAAGGUGGAUCGCCUUCUGCGGGGUGUUGCGCACUUCUGGUGGAAGCAGCACGAGGAAGAGGUCAAUGAGCGCCGGAAUGAAGGUGGUGCUUCCACCAGCUCUUUCCGCGAUGCGCCAGACGAACCAGGCGAACUGAUUGGUCUGGACCUUCAGCGUGCAUUGCUUGGGACAGAGGGCUUUCACAGGCUCCUUUUCUCAGCGCUGAUGCUAUACAGGUGGCUGAGGGAUGGCCACGAGAUGCCACUCAACACCUGGGUGCAACUGAAUGCCGGCAUCGAGGGAGCCGGGAAUGAUUUUCCUUUCCAUGUCCAGAUGGCCAUCCACAAGGCAAUCAGCUCCGGUGAGCUGAAGCUCCAAGUCGACCGGACACUUUCCCCGGUGAAGCGUCCCACUCCAUCCCUGCGGGGUCGUGCCUUCGUGCGCUACAACGGCCGGCCCCAGACUGACGGCGAUCUGGCGCACUGGCCACAGGCGUCACCACACGUUCUUGCUGCUGAAGGAGGUGUCCUCGCCGCUGGAAGGAUGUCUCCGCAGCCGGCGCUGUAUCUGCAAGGCUCUCGAGCAAGGAUGUCAGUGACAGCAUUUGCACAGCCUUUCGAUGCUGGUGGGUCAGGAACCACCGACGAAGAGGUGACAUGGCUGCGCUUGCAUCAGUGGCUGCUCCUUCUGGCCUCCAGUGACGAUGCGGCCCCUUUCGCCUUUGUGUCGCUUAAGAAAGUAGCACUUCUUCGGGCUGAUGCCCGCGUGUUGCAGAUCACGCUGGCCCGCAGAGUGGAAGGGGAUUGGCCAUCGGUCACAGUGGAUGACGAUUGGCUGGAGCUGUGCCUUCUGCUUGGCGACGGGCGGUUUCAGGUCUUGGAGGCGCCAGAGCUGAUGAUGAGGUUUGAGGACGAAGCUGACUUCCAGAACUGGGCCGGAUACUUGCGGGAACUUUGCUGUGAAGACCCUGAGCGGCGUCGGGCUGCACUCAAGGUCCCACCAGUCAUUGUGGCGGUUCCUCUUGUCUGCAGCAUCUUGGCUAAAGGGGCUUUAGCGCUCCUCCAAAUGCGGUCGCAUCAAGUUGCGGUAACCGUCCAUUGCGUACCGAAGCUGCUGCCCGUGCAGCAGGACACUGAAGGGGGCCUGCCACGACUGCUGUGCGGCGGGCGCAGCAACGAAAGGGCUGCGACUGCGCCCGAAGGAUCAUCCAACCGCUCGCUCAGCCUUGAGGAUGAGGAGUUGCUAUGUGAACCUGUGACCGUGAGCCACCUGAGCUCUGACAUCGGGGUCCACUCCGAGCCGCUCGAAGGACUGCGCAGGCCAGACACCUCGUGUCGCCAAAACGUGCCCCUCUCCCCCUUGGUGCGGAGAAAAAGCCUCGUGACCAAGCAGGAGUUGGCAGCUACCUCGCCUCUGCUUCGACCACCGCGACUGCCAGUGUCACGAAGUAGCUCCGUUGAAACGGAAAAGUCCGUUGACAGUAGUCGACCAAAGGCUUCUCCGUCCGUGUCUCCUCGAUCUCCAGGUACUCAGCCAAAUUCAGCCAGCGGUACGGACGAUGAAAAGUCUCCUUGCCCUAGCAUCUCUGCUAGCAGCAUCGACACAACUAGAACGCACCCACGUGCUGUUGACCUUAUCGUAGAGGAGGCGGAGGAAGACAUCAAUCGGCCAUGGGGCACUGUGGAGAGGACAUUCAAAGCUUUCUGCGGAACCAAGCCAGGUAUGGAUGGAAAGUCAUUUGCAAAGCUUUGCAAGGAUUCCGCCUUGGUCGAGAAGAACCUUAGCAAGACAGAUGUGGACAUCAUUUUUGCGAAGGUCUGCAAGAAGGGGCACCGUCGGAUCGGGCUGGAGCAGUUCGAUGCAGCCCUGGAGAUGAUCGCAGACAAGAAGACCUUGACUUUGGAGGAGGUCUGGUGCGCAGUAAGGUGUUGUGGAGGGCCGGUACUCAACAGCACCAAAGCCGAAACAGUGCGGUUCUAUGACGACAAGAGCCUCUACACGGGGACUCAUGCGCAGGGAGGGCCUGAUCCUGGCAGGAAGGGAAAAGGUACACUGACAUGGACCACAGCUCUGCGUGACGAGCCGUCGCAAGGCCAAGGCAGCGCCAGCACGCCAGUGCCGAACUCCCCAAGGGAUCCCGAGUACUCGCCGCCGGAACUUGAGAAGCGACCUCGCUCUGUGAGCUUGAGCGAGAAGAAGAUCUCCCAGCAGCUGCGUGGCAAAGACGGCACAGUAGAGGAUACCUUUAAGGCUUACUGCGCCAACAAGCCCGACAUGGAUGGGAAGGGCUUCGUCAAACUGUGCAAAGACUGCGAGUUGGUGGACGAUAGUUGGACCCUGAUUGAUGCAGAUCUUAUCUUUGCAAAGGUGGUGUCCAGGGGUCACCGUCGGAUCAUCCUUCGUCAAUUCAAGGAGGCUCUCCGAUUGAUUGCCGAAAGGAAGGGCAUCGACGAAGAGGAGAUAUGUCAGCGUGUCGCAGAAUCCGAGGGGGUGGUUCACGAAGGAACCACCGCAGAUUAUGUGCGGUUCUUCGACGACAAGAGCACCUACACGGGCACUCAUGUCUAUGGAGGUCCAGACAGCAGUGCCAGAACCAGCGCCGACCAAUUCUGGAGCUCGAUGCUUCGCCCCGAGGGCGAGGAGGACAGGCUUCCCGAGAUGGUGGUGACUAAGAUCUGUGAGACCAGUCCGCAAGGAAGCAAGGCGAAGGCGACCCCGGUGCAGCCCAAGGCAAAGCCCCGCGCGCGCUUGGCGAUCACUGCAAAGAGCAAGCCGCCAACUGGGGACAGCCAUGACUUUACCAUGGUCUUCACCGAUGUGCAAGGCUCCACAUCACUCUGGGAAGCGAACCCUCGUGCGAUGGAAUUGGCUCUGAGACUUCACGACGCGACCAUCAGGCAAGUUCUUGCCAAGCACAGCGGUUAUGAGGUCACAACAGAAGGCGAUGCCUUCCAAAUAGCCUUCCAUGAUACUGCAGAUGCAGUGGCAUUCUGCCUGGACACGCAGCAAGAGCUCUUACGAUGUGAUUGGCCAAAUGCCACACUCUCGCAUCCGGACGCAGCUGCCAGCAGUGACGGAGCCUGGCGCGGUUUGCGUGUGCGCAUGGGUCUGCAUUCCGGCCGCCCGGCCUCCGUCACGAAGCACGAGGUCACUGGACGUUGGAGAUAUGCGGGGCCAUCUGUUGCAAUGGCCAAGGCUAUAGAGGGUGUUUGCCAUGGUGGGCAGAUCAUCAUGUCUGCCAGCAGCUUUUACCUCAUUGACGGUUUGCUGACUUCGCUUGGAAGUCCGCAGGUUGUAGACCUGGGGGAUCACAUCUUGGAAGGGCAUGGCCUCACGGAAGACUCGUCCAGAACUGGAUGUUCUGGCCGUGCCAGAGUGCAGCUAAUUCAACUCGUGCCAGAUGCACUUGCCCACGACUGGUCUGGUGAAGAUCCUGACGACACGUCGACUCUGGUAGGUGGCCGAAAAUUCGCGCCGGUGGUCAGCGAGCAGCGUGUGUCGCCGGGCUUCGAGGGCUCCCCUGCUGGGUCGUCCAUCACUCUCUGCUUCGUUUUCACCCAGGGUGCCCGUGAGUUGGUCGCGACAGACCCAGGGCUGGCAGUGCAGUCGCUUGGGCUCCUGCGUGGAUGUUUGCGUGAAGUUCUACGACAUGCUGGAGAUGGCAGCGGGUACGAAUGCCAGGAGGAUGAGGGCGCUUUCAUGCUGGCCUUCGGCAGCAUGUUGGAUGCCGCGGUCUUCUCAAUACUGCUGCAGCGCAAGCUACCGCAACUUCCGUGGCCUGAUGAGUUGCGACAGCGAGGACCGAUGCAUUCUCAUGGCUUACGGGUGUCAAUGGGAGCUCUGAGUGGUGCCUACACGUCUAGGAGACCACAUGCCUCAACUGGGCGGGCAGAUUAUUUCGGCACUAUCGUGAACCGCACGGCUCGCAUAGCGGCUGCUGCGCACCCAGGGCAGGUUCUGCUCGGCGGGGAGAUGCCUCUGGAUGCAGCCGCCUUGAAGCGACUGCCAGGCGUGCAAUGGCAGCAACCGCCACCCUUAGCAGGCUAUCCUCAAAUGAUUCCACAGCCGAUCCCUCAGCAAGCUGUUCCAGGGCAGGCGAUGCCCACAGCCUACGGGGCUGCCGGCCAACCAAUCGCCGCACCCUGUCUCCCAGGGCAGCUGCAACAGACACCACAAGUGUCGGGUGCAGGAUGGUCAUUGCCUCGAUUAGGCGCUUUCGCGCUGAAGGGCAUUGACAGUCCCAUUGUCUUGAACGAACUGCGCCUUUUCGACGACAGAGGCGUCAGCGAGACCUUCCCUGAACCAAAGACCAAAGGACGUGUGUCGAAUUGA